AUGCCCGGGACAGAGGGGAGCUCGGAGGCUGUCUGCAGGUCCCUUGCAGCCAGUUUGCUGGCUGGGAGCAAAGAACCCGAGAAGAGCAGCCGCUGCCGGGGUUUUGCCAUCACGGAGCUGCUGGGACUGGACAGCAGUAGCAGUAGCGAGACCGGCCACUCGGGGGCACCGUCAGCCCAACCUCCUCCUCCCCCUCCUCCUCCACUUGCCCCCCAGCCGCCGAGGGAACCGCCACCGAUGCUCACCGCCGGCCUGGGGCUGCUGUGCAGCCGCUCGCUCAGCGCUUUCCGGCCGCCCGGAGCCUCUCUCCUGGACGCGCUAUCAGCCCUGCCCGGUCGCAUGCCUCUACUCCGGGGGGUCGCCCUGUUGGACAGCUACCAGCCGCUCCACAACUCCGAUGAUGAGAACACAUUAUGUGAUCGCAGUGACUUGAAGAAUUCAGCAGCAUCGCAGGUGAAAAGAAAGAAGAGGCGGCACAGAACUGUGUUCACAACUCAUCAGUUGGAGGAACUGGAGAAAUCUUUCAAUGAGGCUCAUUACCCAGAUGUAUAUGCAAGAGAAAUGUUAGCAAUGAAGACAGAGCUCGCUGAAGACCGAAUACAGGUGUGGUUUCAGAAUCGAAGAGCGAAGUGGAGGAAGCGGGAGAAAUGCUGGGGCAGAAGCAGUGUGAUGGCCGAGUAUGGACUGUAUGGUGCCAUGGUCCGGCACUCCAUUCCACUGCCUGAAUCCAUACUUAACUCUGGCAAAAAUGGUUUGGUAGGAUCUUGUGCCCCCUGGCUGCUUGGAAUGCAUAAAAAAUCUGUUGACUCAACACUGAAAACUAAAAGUGAAGCAACUGUAGGAGAUGAUUGUGUGGCGAGCAGUGCACGGGCAUCACAGACUGAGGGUGGCACAGACCGGAUGCCUGCAACAAACUGUGACACUACAUCUGAAGAUGACGACAUGGCGUUAGACCUUUCCAGCACAGAAAAACCACUGACCAAGGACAAUGGUUCAAAACAAUGCAUUUCAGGGUGGUCCAAUGUGGAAGUCAGACACAGAAGACUGAAGAAAAAUUAA